GAGAGAGAGAGGCGUCCAGGUUGCCCAGUCAUCGUAUAUCCGCGGCCUUCAUGUCCUUUGCCUAACCAACCCAGCCCGUCCCACGCCCUCACAACCUUCUCUAUUUUCCACGCCAGUUCCCAAACGCCUCGCCUCCCACGCCCCCCGCGCCUGCACAUGAGAGACAGAUCCCCUGCCUACCCUCCCUGCUGAUAAAGACCCCCUAACACCAGCAGGAGAGGCAGGAGGAGGGAAUAUAUAAGCAGGAAAUCGGUGCAACUUGGCAUUGUUUUGGUUUCUGUAACAUGGGUGAAGGAGGAGGAGGAGGAGGAGGGGGGCCAGGUGGAGGUGGCUGAGAGGAAGGAAGACAGGAAGAAGAGAAGGAGGAAGAGGAGGAAGAGGAAGAAUCAGUGGUGGCGGAGGAGGAGGAGAAGGAAAGAAGGAAAAAAACGAGGAAGAGGAGGAGAGGCCUACGAAGGGAAGGCCCGAGAAAAUAAGGAAUUGAAGGAGAGGAAGGAGAAGGAAAAGGAAGACAGGAAGGAAGGAAGGAAAGAAAGGAACAGAAACAAAACCAAAUCAAGAAAAGAAAGAAGGAAACAGAAGACGACGAAGAAGAAAAAGAAAGAAAAGGAAAAACUUGAAACAGGAAACGAAGGGAAGGGAAAGGAAGAGGAAACUUGAGGUCGACGAAGAAGAAAAAGAAGAAAGAAAAAAGAAAGAAGGAAAGAAAGAAAGACAGAACCAGAAGAAGAGGAGGAGGAGGAGGUGGAAAAAGAGCCUCCCAGAAGGGCCUCACUGCAGCUUCCCGCCAACUCCAAUGUUGCCGGAGAUUCUACGCGUGUUGAGUGAGGGCGGGGUGACGUGGGCACCCCUCACGCCCCUCACCACCUUCAGGGACGUGGCCGCCUGCGUCAGGGACCCCGGCGACCCCCUGCCCGCCAUCACCGAGCACUCGCCCCUGGGAGUUCGCGUGGUCGCCCCCUGGGAACGGCCCCUGGAGCUUCUGCGCCUAUGGGGGAGCCUCAGGGGGGGCGUCACCUACCUCGCUCACCCCCCAGGCGCCCCAGACGUACCCCCCGACGAAGAGGAGGGGGGGCUCUGUACCCUGGGGGGGGAAAUCAGCCCCUGGGAAUUGUAUGACCUCAAGGAUGAACUAAAGGGGGUCGGGUUGGGUCGCCCCCCACCCCUUCAUCACCAGUCAUCACCACGUCAUCACCAGCUUCAUCACCGCCGUCUGGAUGAUAGUGACGAGCUGGUGGUGGUGAGCAGUGAUGGUGAGGGUGAUGGUGACUGCUCCUACACCUCCCAUCACUACCCCUCACCACCUUCAUCACCACCACUGUCAUCACCAUUUUCAUCACCACCAUUUUUCCCGCAUUUUCGCUCCUCCACCUCCACCCGUCAUCACCACCACCACAACACCACUACUUCAUCACCACCAUCAUUUUUCACGCAUUUUCAACCGUCCACCACCACCACCUCCACCUCCAUCAACACCACCGCCUUCCCGCGUCACCACCACACCACCACCUCCCUCCCCUUGCGGAACCCCCUUCGAAACCCGCUCCCAAACCUCCCCUCUUAUAGAAAACGGAAGGCGGGUCUCGAGCUGAAAGAAAACCAGGAAUUGAAGGGCAGACUAAAAGGAAACUCAUCCAGUCAAUCCGUCACCACCCGCCCCCUCUUCGAGCCCCCCCAGCCGCCCCCAGAGCUCCCCCAGGCCAGUCUCAGCCCCAUCAUCAGCAGGAAACAGAAGCUAACCCCCCAGGAGUAUAGAGUCUGCGGGGGGAGCAGAACCCCAGCAAGCCCCAGACGGAAAAACUACCCCAGGGUCACGAACACUACAACCACCCCUACUACUGCGACUACUACCACUACUACUACUACCACAGGGGACGCAGGUGGUGGUAGUGGUAGUAGGGACCCCAGAGGCACUACUGGGGGCAAGGUGGGCAACGGGGGAGCACCAGGGGGCGAGAGGAAGGGUCGGCCAACGAAGAGGUCCUCAGCUACCCGAAGAUCUUAUUCCGACCCCCUCAAGGAGUUCGUCGGCGACCCUUUGCGACGACCCACGCGACGACGCCGACGUCAAUCAGGAGGAGGAGGACGAGAAGGCGAUGGUGGGAUGAGGAACUCUUACUCCCAGCUAACCUUGCUGCCUGACGGGUGCGAGCUGACGGUGGGUGAGCUACGCGACAUGGCCAGCAGACAGCAGGAUCAGAUCGAGUCUCAGCAGCAGCUCCUGGUGGCGCGGGAGCAGCGGCUGAAGUACUUGAAGCAGCAGGAGUCGCGCGCCGCUGCCGUGGCUGCCGAGGCGGAGCGGCUGCGGCGGCUGAAGGAGCGGGUCGAGCUUCAGGAGGCGAAGCUACGGCGGCUGCGGGCACUGCGGGGACAGGUGGAAGCGACCAGACUCAACACCGCCAGUCUCACCACCGACCUCGAUGCCAUGCGCCACCUCUUCAGCGAAAAGGAGAAGGAGCUGGUGGUGGCCGUGACCAAGGUGGAGGAGUUGACGCGCCAGCUGGAGGAGUUGAGGCAGGGGCGCUCUCCACUCACCUCCUCCACCUCCAACUCCACCGGCGACCACCUGCACCACCACCACCACCACCACGAACUUGACAAACUGCGUCGUGAGCUCUUGUACCGGAACAGCGUCAACCGGGAAGCAUCUGCGAGGGUAGCGGCCCAGCGCGAGACUCUAGCAGCGCGGAGGGACGAGAUCACGCGCAUUGACAAGCGGGUAUCAGAACUACAGCAGCGCCUACAUCGGAAGCGGCUCCUCAAUCAUCAGCUGGCCUCACAGAUCACGGCGGCAACCCAGGCCAAGCAAGCUCAACUGAAGGCGGUCCAGCAGAAGGCGUUGAAGGAGGGAAUCCACGCCUCCUCCUCCGUGGACGACGCGCAGACCACAGACCACUUGAAGAUCCCCCGCGGUGAUGAAUUAGGGGAGUUCGGGCCCAACAAGAGUGACCCCAAGUACCAGACCCUCCCUUACAACACCAAAUUUUCCGUCACCUCCAAACCGAGAGAUGGCGACUCCACACCGCCCCCACCACCACCUCCACCACCUCCACUCAACUCCACCACCUCAGACUCACCACCACCGCCGAUUCUCACCUCCACCACUACCACCACCACCACCACCACGACGGCUGGUGGUGGUGGUGGUGGUGGUAGUGCGGUGGUGACCAGGACGGUACACAGCAUCCCUACCCACCCCCCCUCGCGGAGUCUGGCCCAUGCACCUCCAGUCAACACCACUAACACCACCGCCUUCAACACCGCCUCCAACACCACCGCCCCCCCCUCCUCGUCGUCGUCCAAGCCGCCCCCCCCUAACCCAGCAAUGACCCCGAGGGUCUACGGUCCAGGGGCAGCCUCGCACUUCCCCCCCCAGCGCACGCAACCCCUGGGGGCGGCGCUCACUCAAACCCAGGACUCACGCCCCCUCCUCCCCCCCACCUCCCUCUCCCUCUCGUUCCAGAAGCUGAGCCCAGGUGUUACGUCUCAGAGCAGAGCGUUACUUCUUAAUCAACUGCAAAUACAGGACGGAGGUGAUCGCGGGGGUGACGGAGGCGAGGAUGGGGGCACAGGAGGGAGGGGCCUCCCGCCCCGCCAGAAAGGGGACCAGAUGGGAAGCCCCGACCCCCUCUCACCCCCCGCCCCGCCCCCCUCCCGCCCCCCCGGCCUGCAGCCCCGCCCACAACACGGCUACAGGUACGCCAGCCAGAAUGUCAUCAUGUCCACCUACACACAGCAACAACAACAACAAGCAGGUGGUGGUGGUGGAGCUGACAUGCCACCACCUCCACCCAGUCCAGACGAAGACACCACCACUACCACGUCCACCACAGUCACCACCACCUCCACUGCAUCCACCACGACCACCUCCAGCAGUACAAGCAGAGCACCUCCAUCCACCUCUUCCACCUCCACUAGUAAUAAUAACAACACAAAUAAUAAUAAUAAUAACAAUAAUAAUUUAAAUAACAACAAUGUGGAUGGGACGGAGAAGAUUCACGUCUCCAUCAACCGAAGAAUUGAAAUGCCGCCCGAUUUCAUGUUCCCGGAAGAUGAGACUCCACCAUCCGACCUCUUGGGAAGGAGACUAACGGAGGAGGCGGAGACUACAGGUGGAGGAGGAGGUGGAGGAGACAAUGUGGAUAACUUCAAUGUUCCUCUGAUGUCCUUGAGUGAGUUGAGGAUAGGGAAGGAGGAGGAAGAGGAGGAGGAGGUGGAAGAGGAGGUGGAGGAGGAGGUGGAUGACAGCAGACAGCCGGAUGGAGCGGACAUGGCCAUGCUGAUGUCCACCGAGGAAGUCCACGGAGAGGACGACACCACCACCAACACCAACACCGCCACCAACUCCCGCCGCACCACCACCGCCACCACCACCACCAGCGCCGGGGGAGUGGUGUUGAGGCGGAUGAAGAAGGGGAACUUGAAGACGAAGAACUCCUCCAAAACUCCAGCGAGGCGAGUGAGUUUUGACCCACUGGCGCUCCUCCUCGACGCCUCGCUGGAAGGGGAAUUGGAACUCGUCAAACGCACCGCCAUGGAGGUUCCGAAUCCCUCUGCCGCUAAUGACGAGGGGAUCACGGCCCUACAUAAUGCCAUCUGCGCGGGGCACCUCGAGAUUGUGACCUUCCUGGUGACCUUUGGCUGCGAUGUGAAUGCCCAGGACUCUGAUGGAUGGACGCCCCUCCACUGCGCGGCCUCCUGUAACAACGUCGCCAUGGUUCGCUUCCUGGUCGAGCACGGCGCCUGCAUCCUGGCCACGACGCUCUCCGACCACGAGACGCCAGCCGAGAAAUGUGAACAAGACGAGGAGGGUUAUGACGGCUGCUCCCAGUACCUCUAUAGCGUGCAGGAGAAGCUCGGCAUCAUGAGUGGGGGCGUGGUGUAUGCCGUCUACGACUACGAGGGGCAGGCGCCGGACGAGCUCACCUUCGAGUGCGGGUCGGCGCUGACGGUGCUGCGGCGCGGCGACGAGUACGAGCGGGAGUGGUGGUGGGCACAGCUGGGCAACCUGCAGGGAUACGUGCCACGGAACCUGUUGGGGCUGUAUCCUCGUGUCAAGAAUCCUCUGAAGGACUCUUGAGGAAGGACAACAACAACAAGAUGAAAAAGGAUCUCUCUCUCCACUCCUCCUCCUCCUCCUCCAUUUUGUAAGAUCACCUCCUCCUCCUCCUAUGCCAUAACUCCUCCUCCUCCUCCAUCUCUCUCCUCCUCUCUCCAAGUGUUCUCUCUCCCACCUUCUCGUUCCCUCCCUCCCAGAUGAAUGCAAAACUAGCCCAAAAUUGGAGAUAAAACUAGCCCAACUCAUGCCCCGAAAAUAGCCCAGUUUCAGACUCCCAGACCCCAAAACUGUCCCAAAUCAGACCCAGACAGAUCCCAGAAAAGACCCAAAUAUUAAAAUUAUAUAAAAAAGACCCAUUUAGACCCAACAGACCAAAUCAGACCCAGACACACCCCAGAAAAGACCCAAAUAUUAAAAUUCUCAAAAAACAGACCUAUUUAGACCCCAACAGACCCACACAAAAGUAGUCCAAUUCAGACCCAGACAGACCCAAAUAUCAACUCCCUUGCAAAAUAGACCCAAUUUAGGUCCCAACAGACCCCAAUCAGCCCCCCUCAAAAAGACCUGCAUAUCAAAAUUAACAAAACGGCCCCAUUCAGACCUAGACUGACCCAAAACUAGCUGAACUCAGACCCAGAGACCACAAAACUAGCCCCCAGGUCAAACCCAGACCCCAAAAAUAACCCAAACAUCAUAAAAUUCAGAGACCCCCAAUUUAGACCCCAAACAGACCCCAACUAUAUCAACUUCAGCCCCUCAUAAGACCCCACAAUCUUAGCCCCUCAAAAAUCAGAUUAAAAUAUAGAGAAAAGAGAGAGAGAGAGAGAGAGAGAGAGAGAGACCGAGUGCCUUACCCUGACCCCCCUCCACCCCACCCCCCCAAAGCUUAUCUCUCCACCAUAUAUUUAAUAGGCCUACCCCUGAAUGUUCCCUUAUAUCCAAGUGUACAUAGAAGAAUUAUAUAGACACAACAAAUGUAAUAAUAAUAAUAAUAAUAAUAAUAGGAAUAAUAAUAAUGAUAAUAGAUGGUAUACAUAACUGUGAGGAUGUGUGUGUGUGUAUAUAUAUAUGUGUGUGUACGUGUGUGUGUGUGCGUAUGUGUGUGUAUAUUUUGUCAUAAUAAUAAAAAAAGAUGAAGAAGAAGAAUGACCAUAUUUACUGAAGAAGAAGGAAGAGGAGGAAGAAGAGGAGGAGGAAGAAGUCCAUAACUCUCUCUUGUUAAAAUACUGUCAAAUGAAGGAAGAGGAGGAAGAGGAGGAAGAGGAGGAGGAAGAGAAGAUAGAGGAGAUGAAUUUAUAAACAUGUAGAAAUAGAAAAAAAAAUGGUGAUGACUAGUGAUGGUGAUGACUAGUGAUGGUGAUGACUAGUGAUGGUGAUGACUAGUGAUGGUGAUGACUAGUGAUGGUGAUGACCUGACCUGCUAUCCCCCCCUCCCCCCCCUCCCCCCCUCCCUUCCCUCCACACACACCCUUCCUUUACAAUAUGUGUGUGUGUGUGUGUGUGUGUGUGUGUGUAAGCAUGUAUGUAUGUAUGUACCUGUGUGUGUGCGUAAAACCAACACCAAACACACACACACACACACACACACACACACACACACACACACACACACACACACACCAGCUACCCCCCCCCCCCACCAGCCCCCUAUUUUAAUAAAGCUAGCACUAGUAGUAAUAGUAGUAACAUCAGCAGUAAUAAUAGUACUAGUAAGAUUAAGGCUAGUAGCAGUAGUAGUAAUAAUAGUAAUAAUAAUAAUAAUAGUAAUGAUAAUUGUAACGUUUGCGUAAGGAAAGGAAAUAAAAUGUUGCCAUAUAUGA